AUGGACGCCCUCGGCAUCGCCCUGAGGCGCAUGUGCCAGCGCCGUCCCAAGCCAGCAACCACCUUGCAGCAUCUCUCCUACCGGCCCGCACCACCGCGCUUACGCGCCUGCUUCCCGUCCACACCACGCCGCCGCGCCAGCAACAUGGCGCAGCAGCAGCAGCAGCCGCGCAGCUUCCCGGCCUACUUCUGCCGCGGCGGCACCUCCAACGGCCUCGUCAUCCUGCGCCGGGACCUGCCGGCCGACGAGGCCGAGUGGGCCUCGAUCCUGCCCGCGGCCAUGGGCUCGCCCGACCCGGACUACGGCCGGCAGCUCGACGGGAUGGGCUCGGGCGUGUCGUCGACGAGCAAGAUCUGCAUCAUAUCAGCGCCGUCACCGUCACCGUCACCGUCCGACACCCACGGCGGCGGCGAGAGUCCCGCAGGCGACGAUGUAGACGUGAACUUUACCUUUGUGCAGGUCGGCAUCCGAGGCGGCGAGCUCGACAUGGCGGGGAACUGCGGCAACAUGUCGUCCGUCGUGGGGCCCGUGGCCCUCGAGGCGGGCCUCCUGGACGCGAGCAGGCUGCGCGUCGUCGCCGGGGGCGGCGGCGGCGACGAGGGCGAGGGCGGGCAGAGGCAGGCCGUGGUCACCAUCCGCAACACCAACACGGGGAAGCUCAUGCGCGCGCGCUUCGCCGUGUCCGACGACGACGGCUCCGGCUCCUCUCCGCCGCGGUACCUCCCCCGCGCGGGCUCGUACGCCAUGGCCGGCGUCCCCGGCACGGGCUCCCGCGUGUCCAUGAGCUUCCUCGACCCCGCCGGCGCCAAGACGGGCCGGGCCCUGCCCACGCGCCGCGCCGCGGACGCGCUGCGCCUGUCCGACGGGUCGCGCGUCGAGGCCUCGCUCGUCGACGUCUCGAACCCGGGCGUCUUCGUCCGCGGGUCGGACCUGGGCCUCGCCGCGGCGCCGACGCCCGCACAAGUCGAGGCCGACGCCGCGCUGCGGGCCCGCCUCGCAGAGAUCCGGCGCCUGGGCGCGGCCGAGAUGGGGCUCGACCCGGCCGUGGAGAGCGUGCCCAAGGUCCUCAUGCUGUUCCCGCCCGAGGAGGACGGCGGCGACGGCGCCGCCGCCGCCGCCGACAUACGCUGCGUCGCCAUGUCGAUGGGCCAGGCGCACAAGGCGGUGCCGCUGACUCUGGCGCUGUGCCUGGGCGCGGCGACCAGCAUCCCCGGCACGAUACCGGCGCAGCUGGCGAGGAAGGGUCACCGUGGCGGCAGAGACAAGGGUGUGGUGACGAUCGCGCACCCUGGCGGGACGGUGGACAUUGGAACGACGCUGGACGACAACGGAGAGAUCGUCUCUGCGGAGCUGCAUCGGACGGCGAGGAUAUUGAUGAAGGGCGACGUGUACUAUUAG